AUGCCUUCACUCUUUUUCUAUUUUACUUUAUUAUUAUUCUCAAUUUCAAAUUCCUUGGGUGAACAAAAUGACUCAUUUUGGAAGAUGAAAACUAGUUUAGUUCUUACUUCUGACAAUAGAUUGGAAGGAGUUCAGUUAUGUACAUCAAUAGAAGAUGAACUUAUGGAAAAUGCAGAAGGCAGUAACAUAACAAGUAGUUUGGAUGAUAGUUUGAGUCAUUCAAAUAGUUUGAUAGAACUUAUUAUUACUAACCAAGAACAAGAGGAAGUUACCCUUUUUGUUACCGAAACAGUUUAUAAUUUAAUUUACAGAAAGCCAGAUCUGAGAAAGAACCCGAACACAUUUCAUAGAGCUCAAAUAGCAGAAAAUACAGAUUUAGAUUCUGUAAAAAAUGUAUCUUCAGGCGGAGUGGAAUCGUCGGAGAGAGUAAUUUACAUUAAAAAACAUCAUCAUUCACAUGAAGGAGCGGGCCAAGCCGUACCAAUUAUUCAAAGUUUGAACUAUUCGCAUGUUGAGUUUUCUAUUAGUUCAGGUUCUGGGUUAUUCUCUAACUCAAAUUCUAAGAAUUUUACAAAUAAUUCGGAAAAUGAAUAA